ACAAAUCUAGGCCACUUUCGUCUGUACGACGGUGCCAUCUUCCUUCUUAUCCUGGUGCUUCCCAUUACCAAAUGACCAAAACGGGUUUCGUUCCCACUAACCGAAAUGCGGGCUAUCCUGUCUAAAACAUGUUUCUGUAAUAGUGCCCUCCGAUGUUGGUUUCUUUGUUGUUUGGAUCUAUGAAAUUCAGUUACUCGUUGCAAAUGUUUGAUGCUUAGUUUUUUUUGGGUGUCUGGUAAUGAUAUGGAGAGGAUCUGUUUGGGGAAAAAACUGAAAAUUUGAUUGUAUUUGGCGGUUUUUUUUUUAAGGGUAUUAUCCAGUUGCUGUUUUGCUGGAUUUAUUGGCCCAGAUUGAUAGAUUUAGUUGAGUUUUGGGUCUUUCUGGAUCUGGGUCCGCGUGUAUGUGGCUUGCUACAGUGUUAUUGUCUUAUUUUCUAGAAAAAGCCUAUGGCCAAUUCUCACAUUCCGAGGUGAGAGAAUUUGUGGCGAUGGUUUGUCAGUAUUAUCGAAGUAUGGAGAAACAGAUGUUGGGUCUUUGGGGUUUAUGGGUUUGUGUAUUUGCUUUAUCCAGAGAUAAGUUUUGGCAUUAGCUUAGUAUUGUAUUUCUCAAAAUUUGGGAGGAAUUUUUGGUUGAUUUCCAUGCUUUAGGGAAAGCAUUAGAGUUUGUCUCUCUCAGCAAAUUACAACCUUUUGGCUUUUGCCUCUGGGUUUAUCAUCGUUAGUGUUUGCUAGCUUGUAUUUUGUGAGAAAUGUGGUUUACUUUGGAGGCAUUUGGAGUUUUUUGAUACGAGGUUUAUGUUAUUAGAGUUAUAAAGGCGAGGACAAAAGAGGCCUCAUAUGUCGAUUAUGAGUAUCAUUCAGGAUAUGAGGGGUGAGUUUGGGAGCAUGUCCAGAAGAGGGUUUGGGGUGAAGUCUGCAUAUGGAAUGAGAUCCAGGUCGCAACGGGUGGUCCAGGACAGCUCAGUGGGGGCAAUCCAUGCUUUGAAGCAGAGCUGUUGGGCUAACUUGCCGCCGGAGCUUUUGAGGGAUGUGCUAAUGCGGAUAGAGGCCUCUGAAGAUACUUGGCCUCCCCGGAAAAAUGUGGUUGCUUGUGCUGGUGUUUGUAGGAGCUGGAGAGAAAUCAUGAUAGAAAUUGUGAAAUCACCAGAAGUUUCCUGCAAGUUGACAUUUCCGAUAUCCUUGAAGCAGCCUGGCCCAAGGGACUCCCUCUUUCAGUGUUACAUCAAACGAAAUCAUAGCAGCCAAACAUAUUAUCUUUAUCUCAGCUUAAAUCGAGCCUCAACCGAUGAUGGCAAGUUUCUUCUUGCUGCACGGAAGUGUCGACGCCCUACUUACACAGAUUAUAUCAUCUCUUUGAAUUCCGAUGAUGUUUCAAAAGGGAGUAGCACCUUCAUUGGAAAGUUGAGAUCAAACUUUUUGGGGACCAAAUUCACAAUCUAUGAUGCGCAAGCUCCACAUACUGGAGUGAAAGUCGUCACCAAAUGUCGUUCUACCAGGCUAGUUAAUUUGAGGCAAGUCUCCCCGAGAGUCCCCGCUGGCAACUAUCCCAUUGCUCAUAUUUCAUAUGAGUUGAAUGUCUUGGGCUCCAGAGGUCCUAGGAGAAUGCAGUGUGUCAUGGAUGCCAUUCCCGCCUCUGCUGUUGAGCCAGGAGGUGUGGCUCCCACACAGACUGAAUUCCUUGUCAGCAGUGUGGAUAAUUUUCCAUCUCUUCCUUUCUUCAGAUCAAAAUCAAUGCGCACAGAGAGUUUCCUAUCUGGAAAUUUGUCUGGUGAGAGUGAGGGAAGGCUGGUUUUAAGGAACAAAGCUCCUAGGUGGCAUGAACAACUCCAAUGCUGGUGUCUGAACUUCAAUGGACGUGUGACAAUUGCUUCAGUUAAGAAUUUUCAGCUGGUUGCAUCUCCUGAGAAUGAAGCUGCUGGGCACGAGCAUGAGAAUGUCAUUCUCCAGUUUGGCAAAGUGGGAAAGGAUACAUUCACCAUGGAUUAUCAGUAUCCAAUCUCAGCUUUCCAGGCAUUUGCCAUAUGCCUCAGCAGCUUUGACACUAAGAUCGCCUGUGAAUGACUCGCAGCAGCAGCGAUCGAUCUCGCCAGCUCAAACUUAUAUUUAGGUGUUGGCAGAUGCAAUAGAAGUUGAUUGCAGGAGGGGACAUCUGGUGACAAAGUUGUUCACGAGUGGAGUUGCCAUCUUGGCUGUUAGGCCCUUUGGCUUUUUCUCUGUACAUAAAACUGUCGGUGUUAUGAGCAAUACAUGCCUAUGAUGAUGGUUUUCUUUUU